AUGGAAAAUAUCUCUGCAGAUACCGAGCUUAUGAAGCACUAUGUCGCGGCACAAGGCAUAGCAGAAACGGCUCGCCUGAUCGCGCUGCGAGAUGAGCACCACAACCUCAUGAUACUGGCUCUAGGUCACCUGUGGCGGGAUGAAAAAACGCAACUAUGUCGCUUCUAUUUGCUAAAGAAGGGCACCUCGGGCCUGUACGAGGAGUUCGAUCUGGGUGCGCAUCUUGCAUUACCCAGUGAUUACAAGGCGGCGGCCAUGCAGGCCGUUCAGGAUCCGACAACCAGUCAGGUUUAUCUGGCGCUGGCAAUUGAAAAGAGUAGCACUGAGGGACAGUUGUUCCUAUUGGAGCCUAUGAGUCCUCAGGAUCUCGUUCUCCCGUUCAGCAACCGAACGAUCCCAUUGACAUCGUCGAUGGGCCCAUCUGAGAAGACUCAGAUUGUGGACAUAUUCAUGGGACCGCCUACAAAAGGCAUUUAUCCUACCUUAUUGCUCACUUAUAAGCCUUUGAACCAGCUAGGAACAGUCGAUGUCAUGGCUGUGGUAGUUGACCGUAUCGCCGGCUCCACAUGGACUUUGCGAGUAGAAAAGCAGCUUUUGCCUUCCAAUGCCACCAAGAUUUUGGCUCUUCAGCCGCUUACAAUCGAAUGGAUGAGCGAUGACAACCCGGAGAAAGCUGUCAACACAGCAGCAAUAGCUUUCCUAUACGACGAGGGACCAGGCACUUACCUCAAUAUCAAGGCGCUGAACAAAAGGCGAUCGGUAUUUGUUCUCGAAUGUCCUAAAGAUUCGACGACCAUGGCUACUAUACCGCAGCAAAAUGGCUUUGCAGAUCUCCUCGUCGGAGGAGCAGAUCUGCACUACUUCCCCCACAGCAGUCUGACAAAAAGAAGAGCUGCUGGUCUGUCGCUGUCGAAACAUUCGACAACUCCGUUUGACUGCACCAACGGGCUUUUCGUGGCGCAUUCGCCCCUUGAUCAAAGCAUCUCCAUCUGGGGCGAGAGCGCGAGACGUGGCAUCAGCUACCUGAUCCCGGACUCACUCACAAACAAUACAAAGUCGCCCGUGUCCUUGAUUCCGGACGGGAAAGGUGGUAAUUUUACCGCGUUCAAGGCUGCAGAAGGACAAUUGGAGCAGUACGUCUACCACAGCGGAGAAAAGGAAGUGUCAGUAUUGGAGAUGAACGCGGUCAGCGGUUACUGGAACAGCGUGCCGCUUUUGAUCCGGAACAUGGAUCACGCGUCCGAGUUCCAAGCCCAUGUCACGCACGUGGUGGUCAUGGAUGGCAAAAAGAUGCCCCUUCCCAAUCAUCAGCUGCGACUGCACAGCGACAGCCGCACAUCCACGCUGGUGAAUGGCGUGGCUAGUGAGGUUGGACCCGGUGUCCAGGGGACAGAGGUGAAAACUGACUCAAGAGGAUGUCUCAGUAUCACGACUCCAUGUGACUCGUUAUUCUCCGAAGUCUUCACUUUGACAGACGUGAAAACAUCCAAAACCUGCACCGUUGACCCGAAUGUCAAGGCCAAGGAGGCAUUGCGACGGGUAUCGGACCCAGACGGGCUGCGAAAAGAUCCAAUGCUGCUGAAGCACAUCGGAAAUAGAGAAGAUGACAUCAAGGAAGUAUCGACCGCGAUAAAAUGUAUGAUGUCGGUGAUUGACGGAAAUGUUACCCCGCCAAGCGCUACCUACGUCGGGUCAGUACCACAUGACCAUCCGAUCGUCUUCAACAUCAUUGACAGUAUUACCGAACUGGGACGUCAAGCUUUGCAUUGGUUUCAUGAGAAAUUUGAAGCGGUCAAGAAUUGGCUCGUACGAAAGAUCAAAGACGGCUAUGAGUUUAUUCUACACGUCGGAGAGGCGGCAUACCGCUGGAUCGUGCGCACCGCUUCGGAGGCAUGGAACGGCAUCAAACUUCUUGUCAACAAGAUUCUCAAAUUCGGCAAGGAAGUUAUCGAGUGGAUUGGGUAUAUAUUCGAAUGGGGCGACAUUGUCAAGACGCACAACUCCGUGGCACACCUGGCGAGAUCGGCACUCAAAUGCGCACCCGACUACAUUGAGACGUUGAAGAAAAAAAGUGACGUUUUUCUAGCCCUGCUGAAAACGAAUAUAGGGAACUGGGGGCAUGAACCGGUCCCUGGCGACUUGCAGUUAUCCGCUCUCGACAAGCCUCCGCCGGGUCAGAACAACUCUACCGCGCUCACAUCGAGCAAAGUAAACUGGGCUGUCAAUCUGUUUCAUCACGGCGGUGCUCAGGGACUCAGCAUCGUGGGCGACAGCCGCUCCGUGGGCGAUGGGGGCGAUGCGAAGCUGCAGCAUUUCUUCGAUACAUUCCUGGCCAAAGCUGCCAAGGAUGGGGAGGCGAUUAUGUUGCAUCUCGGAGAGGCGCUCGUCAAGCUCUUUACGGCAGGAUCAUGGCCGCAGGUGGCGGCGAUUUUGAGGACGCUGUCUGCAGCAACCAUGAUGAGCAUCGUGGAUAUUAUCCAAACUUUGAUACAUGGAUUCUUGGAUGUGCUGGAGACAGUCAUACGCGAGUUUGCCGCGCUGAUUGACCACGAGAUCAGGAUCCCUGUCAUCUCUGCUCUCUACAAGUCAUGGACCGGAUCAACUUUGACAGUUUUGGACGGCUUGGCCCUCCUGGUCGCCUUUCCUACAACGAUACUACACAAAAUGAUCUACAAAAAGGCACCCGUGGAUGCGACCCAGGUGGACUACAAGACUAUGAUUGCUGGCCAGCAGUUCAACGACAGCGCUUACUCUCUGAAUUGCCUCAUGGGUGUGACACACAUGUUCUCGCAAGUCUUUAUGCAGAUUGUCGAUACAGUGAGUACGGUGAUCAGCGUGAGCUACGUUGACAUGGACGGCUCAUCCUCUGGGCGCAUAAGCGAGCGCCAUGGUCACAAAGGUACGCCGUCCGAGCUCGUGAGCAUAGGGCCUGCGGGAGGCAAAGGUCUGCCGUCCAAACUCUGGGACGAGUACGGUCGCCCAGUCAAGAAUGUUUUCUCGGUAAUUGGUGUAGUCUUCUCCGUUCCAUUUGUAAAGGCCUCCCACAUGGACCUGCGCUGGGCAUCCUGGGGCCUUGGUGUUGGCAAAGCGAGCUUGACGAUCCUCCUGCGCUACAUCGAGGCCGCCAUGAAGGAGAAGAUUUUUGCGGUGCUCGAGUGUCUGCUGGGAACGGCCAGCUUCGGCACCAUCUUGGCCGUCAAGGUGUUUGAGUACAAGGAGAACACUACGGCAGAGUCCAACAUGUGGACCACGCUUGACGUCAAUAUCGCGGUAUUGUCAGAGGCUGGAUUGAUUGUGGGCGAUAUCGGGCACUUUCUCCCGCCUGCUUCUCCCAGCCGAGCAACUGCCGAGGGCAUAUCACUAGGGCUUGACAUCGCCAGCUACAUUGUCAUCGGGUCGCAAUUGUGGGGUAAAGCAGCGAAGAAGCAUUACUAUGGAAUCAUAAACAUUUAG